CAAAAUACAGUCCUUGUAGAAGGUACACCAGAAAUAACUUAGAGUUUGCAUCUUUCGAAGACAAUAUUUAAAAAAAUGAAAUUGACCAUGGCUAAGUUUAUCUUCAUAAUCGUCACCUUCGUUUGCUGGUCUACAUUAUCAAAAGCAAACGUUCACUUUGCCAUAGAAAAUUACAUGGAUGAUCAAUCGCUUCAAUCUUUAUGUAAUGACGAUGUGUCUCUAAACUUCUCGAAUGCAGUGAUCUCUGAAAUCAAUCAAAAUUUCAUCAGCAGCUCUGUAAUUACCUGCCUCAAUCUUAUGGACAAUAGUAUUGGGAAAAUUGAGAAAGGUGCCUUCAAAAAAUUACCUAAUUUAACUCAAUUGUUUCUUUCGAACAAUAAAUUAGACAGGCAAAGAAAUCUAAUUCUUAACUUUGGAAGUCACGAUAAGUUACAAGUGCUUUUUAUAAAUAAUGCAAGCAGCUGCUAUUCUUCUAAAUAUAUACAGAUUUUCGAUGAAUAUCCUAACUUAGAAAUUUUGUCUCUAAGUGAAAAUUGUGCUGUCGAUUUAGAGUUUAUACAAGAAACUCCAGUUUCGAUAUCACAUUUUCCUUAUGCGACACCGAUGACUUUGCAAAGCUGGAUGCCAUUCCCCAAGUUAAAGAUCCUGGAUCUCUCCGGAAACAGUAUAACAAGAACCAAUUUUGUACAACUACUGUCGAACAACUUAUACUUUCUUGAUCUUCACGAUAAUUUGCUUAGUAGCUUGAACUUAAACGAAAAAGGAAACAAAUUGUUCGCACUGAAUUUGGAUAAAAAUAAAUUUAACAUUAUUCGACGAUAUAACCAAUACAACGUAUUAUCGUUGAUUGGUCUGCAGAAUCUACACUAUCUUUCUAUUUCUAGAAACAAGAUUAAUGUUAUCGAAUCGGAUGCUUUCCAAGACAAUAACGAAUUGCUCUUUUUGAACUUAUCCUCAAAUUACAUAAAAUAUCUACAUCCGGAGACAUUUGCAAAUUUGCCGAAUUUAAAAACACUCGAUCUAAGUAUCAACCAAUUCGAGAAUAUUCCGCAAAUGUUAAAUGAAACAGAUAUCAGCACUUUAUAUAUUAAUAACAACAAUAUAAAGAAAAUAAUGUCGUAUAUUUUCGUGCAUAUGCCGAAAUUGAUGAAAUUAUUAAUGGGAAAAAAUCAGAUUGAUGAAGUCUAUGUUAAUGCCUUCGUUCAUCUUACUGUUCUAGAAGAAUUAGAUUUGUCGAGAAAUGUGUUAAGCUCUUUGCCAAAAGGAUGGGCGGAACCCCUUGUAUCUUUGAAAUAUUUGGAUUUAAGCGAUAAUAAAUUCACUUCGCUGGAGUCUUUGUCACUAAUGAAUACAUGGCCAUCGAUAGACGUAUUAUAUUUAAUGAAAAAUCCAUUAGAAUAUCUAAAUGUUAAAUAUUUUGAGAACUUACCGCAAAAUCUCGUUAUUGACUUGAUAAAUAAUUCAAAUUUUACAAAAUGGAUACAAGAUACGAGUCCACCGAUGGAAAAUUAUUACUAUUGAAAUUUAACACAUUUCACAUGUCCCAAAUGUCCACUCAAAUUUAUGUGUUAAUUUAACAUAAGAUGAAUAUGUUAAAAGGUAACACAAAUUUUACA